GUUAUCUGACGCCUCCGUGCGUGCUUCAGAUCCUCGAAAAAUGGCUGGCCUUUCGAGUGAUCUGUAAGGUCUGACUUUAUCAUAGUUUCCCUUCUACGCGCAGUAAACACUCAACACCAUGCAGACGAAUUUAAUUUGGAGUGUGGUUAUUUCUUUUAUAUUGCAAGGGACGACGAUCCUAGCGCAGGACCCGAACUGUGAAAUAGACUUGGCUUUCGUGGUAGAUGCUUCAGGAAGUGUUCGUGACGAUUGGGACGCUCUGCUCAAAUUUGUUGUCAAUGUGUCAAAGAAUAUCAACGUCAGUCCUGAAGGCUCCCAUAUCGCUUUGGUCAAAUUUGGAGACCAAGGUGAAAAAGUUCUCGAUUUUGAAGAGUUUGAUCCGGCAACUUUCAAAGAAGAUAACGUCUUACAAAAGAUUACAUCAAUCGGAAAGCCGCCCUCAGGCGCUUCUAGGUACAUCAACAGAGGACUACGUGAAGUUAACGAACAAGUCUUUCAGGAAAAAUUUGGAAUGAGGCCAGAUGUUCAAAAGGUGGUAUUUCUCAUCACAAAUGGAAAACAAACCGCAAUAACUUCGCCAGAUGAGGCUGGUCCCAUUGACGCGUCAACAGAGUUAAAAGACAGGGGUUUCUACGUCAAUGUAUUGAGUAUCGGCCAAGUAGAUGUUAUAGAGCCGUGGAACUACGCCACAGACGCCGAAGAAGUACUUCAAGUGGACGAUUUCCCUCAGCUCGAUUCCAAAGUGAAGGAAGUCAGUGAAACUCUUUGCCCUUCGGCUCAGCCCCUAACGACUCCGCUGCCGAUAAAGACUUCUCUGAUGACUCCGGACCCUCAACCACAACAGAUUCUCCCGCCACAACGAAUUGGCCCGUCAGGUGAUCCUGGAGAGAAAGGAGACCAGGGAGAUCAGGGGCCGCCCGGUCCCCCCGGACCUCAAGGCUUUCGGGGUCCUCAGGGAACAGCAGGACCUCCAGGACCCAAGGGACCUCCUGGAUCUCAAGGCCCUCCCGGUCCCCCUGGCCCCCCGGGGCCAAUUAUUAACAAUAUCACAAACGGUGGACCUGUAGAGCAACUACCACCAAUAUUUAUAGGCAGCAAGGGACCCAGUGUAGGGUAUAGGGAAGUGAAAGGAGAGCCUGGUGAACCGGGUGCCACUGGCACAAUUGGUGUCCCUGGAAGGAGAGGGAUUGAUGGGGAACGUGGAAAACCGGGGCCACCGGGCUUAGAUGGGAGCCCAGGCGCACCGGGAAUACCUGGACUGACGGGUCCCCCUGGUAAACGGGGACGCCUUGGAGCAGAUGGAGAUCCAGGUUCCCCUGGGGCUGCUGGAGAGCGGGGUCCACAAGGCGAACCGGGUCCUCGGGGAGCGUCUGGUCUGACAGGGUUGCAAGGUGUCAAGGGGGAUAGGGGAGAACAAGGACCUGCAGGACAGCCAGGAGACAAAGGAAGGCAAGGCCCACAGGGAGACACAGGCGAACGAGGAAGUUCUGGUCGUGAUGGAAGACCCGGUAUACAAGGUCACCAAGGAAGGCUUGGUCCCCCAGGAGCGGUGGGCGCACCGGGUAGAAACGGUCCUCGUGGGAAGCCUGGUCAAGAAGGUUCUGCGGGUGCACCUGGGGAGAUGGGUGAAGCAGGCAUAGCAGGAAGUCCUGGGCCUAAGGGGAAUUCAGGACCCCAGGGGCGUCCAGGACCUAGAGGUGCAAACGGAGAGCCUGGCCAAAAAGGAGAGGAAGGACAAGUCGGAGAUCCAGGGAACCCCGGCCUCCCAGGUGAGGAGGGAGAACCUGGGCCCAAGGGUAACAUGGGCUCAAUGGGUCUGAUGGGACCUCAAGGACCGCGAGGCUCUCCAGGAAGAGAUGGUAUACCUGGGCAGCCUGGUCGCGAUGGUGAGCGUGGAGACACCGGUAAAUCUGGAUUUCCUGGCUUGAGAGGAGCAACUGGAUCAAAAGGUGAACAGGGUAGGAAAGGACAGAUGGGAAGACCUGGGCCGUUUGGCAUCGCUGGGAAGCGAGGUAGUCAAGGAGCUCCGGGACCGGUUGGAACAGCGGGAGAGCCUGGGGGGAUGGGUAAACGGGGAGCUAUCGGGUAUCCAGGUGCAACCGGAAGAAAUGGGAAGAAGGGCAAUUCUGGUACCCCAGGGAUACCCGGAACUCCAGGAGUAAAGGGAGACGUGGGAGCCCCUGGGGAUUUGGGGCAGCCAGGACAGAGGGGCUUACCGGGAGCACGUGGACCUAGGGGAAAACCGGGACGUGAUGGAGAAUCAGGAAAGCCGGGAAUGCCUGGCGAUGACGGUCGUCUUGGAAGACCUGGGAGUGAAGGCUCUCGUGGAAUGAUGGGAAUGCGAGGCUUUAACGGUGCAAGAGGACAACGGGGUGCGGAUGGACGCCCUGGUUCAAAUGGACGCCGUGGACCUCGAGGAGUAAAGGGUGACCGCGGUCGAAAGGGCGUUGCGGGAAGACCUGGGAGAUCAGGAAGGCGUGGUCGUCGAGGUAGUAUGGGAGGGCCUGGAUUCCGUGGAAGUCCUGGAUUGAAGGGUCUAUCGGGACCUCAAGGAGCUCCAGGUUACCCCGGCCGCGCAGGGCGUAAGGGAAUCCGUGGAGUUAACGGCAAAGAUGGAAAAGCUGGAGAUAUGGGACCCCGUGGACCUCCUGGCCCAAUGGGACCAUCUGGUUCUCCGGGCAUGCCGGGACGCAUAGGUGAAUAUGGAUCGCACGGCUUGUCAGGGGCUCCCGGUCCUAAAGGAGGGAAAGGAGCCAAAGGAAUGCGCGGCUCAGAUGGUAGACCAGGAUGGCCAGGUAUCCGUGGACGGAGCGGAAGGAAAGGACCGAAAGGGAAGCCAGGUGACCGGGGCUAUCCGGGACUUCCUGGAAACAACGGACGAGAUGGUCAACCGGGUAUGGAUGGAAGACCAGGUACUCCGGGAUACCCAGGACCUCGCGGCCCCAAGGGGAAGGAUGGUGAAAAUGGUUUACCUGGAAAGCCCGGUAAAGAAGGAGAAAUGGGUCUACCAGGAGAAAGAGGCUCUUCUGGUUUAACUGGAAUUGGAGGAGCGACGGGACGCCCUGGACCACCCGGACCAGAUGGAAACAAGGGAUCCCCUGGAAUAAAGGGAAGAAAAGGACCUGUGGGUGUGCGAGGAUCGAAGGGCGAAAGUGGUGGUCCGGGAUCACGAGGCCAAGGGGGUGAUGAUGGAGAGCCGGGAAGUCCUGGCAAUGUGGGGCUUCGAGGAUCACCUGGCAUGCCGGGAAAGCCAGGAUUACAAGGAGCACAAGGUCGAGAAGGUGAACCAGGCCUCGAGGGUAAACCAGGAAUUCCUGGUACGAAAGGAGCCCGAGGAAGAUACGGGAAGUCAGGAAAACCCGGUUUACCCGGUCCUCCGGGAAUGGGCGGUCAAGAUGGUAUAUCUGGUCCCCCCGGACAGGACGGCCCGGUUGGCUUUCUUGGACCUCCUGGACCGAUGGGUCCCAAAGGACAUGUUGGACUAAAUGGCUUUAAUGGUUUUGCAGGAAGAGGUGGAGCACGAGGAGAAGACGGUGAAUUGGGUGAUCAAGGUCCAAAGGGAGCUGAUGGUAUCUCUGGGGAACCUGGUUUAACAGGAUAUCGCGGGAAAACUGGAGAUCCAGGACCGGACGGCCGCCCAGGGAAUGAUGGUCUUCCUGGUAUAGACGGUACACCUGGACAGAAUGGCGCCGCAGGAGAACGGGGAGAUCGCGGAAGUAAUGGGACUGCUGGAGCUCCAGGACCUCCCGGUGAAAUGGGAAGACUGGGGGAGCCAGGGGAUAAAGGCAUUCCAGGGCUCGCAGGUGACCCGGGUGAUUUGGGUACCGAAGGAGAUGAAGGGGAACCUGGACAGAAAGGAAGAACUGGUUCAAUGGGAGCACAAGGAGAUGAAGGAGAGACUGGGCAGCCAGGCCGGCCGGGCGAUCCAGGAUUGACAGGGCUACCGGGAAUACCUGGUCCACCUGGAGAUAUGGGCUCGAUAGGGGAACCCGGUCAGCAAGGAUCAACCGGCCCUUUCGGACCCAAGGGCGUGAUGGGGCCUCAAGGACCACCAGGCCCUCCCGGUUAUGGCGGUGAGGAGGGACGAAUUGGGCCAGAGGGCGAAUAUGGUGACCGAGGACCAAGAGGACCUGCUGGGGAUCAGGGACUUCCGGGUGACCCAGGCCCACCUGGUCCGCCUGGCGAGAAGGGGCCUCCAGGGCAAUAUUUCUACCCGCAGCCGCCUGGUAUUUCCACCGGAGGGAACAAGAAAGGUCCAUUCUCCAAUCGUCGGCUUUACUCGAGUAACCAGGAAAGUCACAAAGAAACCAACACCGCUGAGGAUCAACUGCAGUUAGACAUGUCACAAGUAAUUGAUUACUACCUGACCGCUCUUAACCAUGUCGUCGAGAAUUUCAGAACACAAAAUGGCACCAGACGAUACCCUGCACGUUCAUGUCGAGAGCUUCAUCUUGACUACCCUGAGCACCCAAGUGGAAGAUACUGGAUUGAUCCAAACGAAGGUUGUACUGAUGAUGCAGUUCAGGUUUAUUGCGACUUUGAACAGCAAGUCAACUGCAUCGAACCCAAAAAUCAUAAGAUCACGAUUCCAAGCCUCUCUGCCAAUCAGUGGAUAAGCGAAGUCAACCUUCCAACAGAAACGUUUGAAUACAAGGCAACAACUGGCCAAAUUAAUUUUCUUAGACUCUUGAGCAAAGGAGUUUACCAGAACAUAACGUAUUCAUGCUUCAGAGAAGACGAUAAUGAUUGCACCAUUGAACUUCAAGGAGAAAAUGACAUGGAAUUCAGAUCAUCUGAGCAAACCAAGUCCAGCUUUGUUUCCACAGACUCAAAGGAGAAAGAACUAUCCGGUCGUCGAGCAGUCAUGGAAAUAAAUACAAACCGCACAGGUGCUUUACCCAUAGUGGACUUUGCCCAAACUUACGUCAGUGAAUCAACAGGGCCUUUCCGUCUUGAGAUUGGGCCCGUGUGUUUUAUGUAUUAAAGUUAUGGAUUUGAAAUCCCGCUAGUAUUUUACCUCUCUUAAGUCAAAGACAACAGCCAGGCCAUCACUUUAGUAUAUUUUGAAAACGUUUCCUAAUUCGAUGUUAUCGUCUUAGCAUAGUACGUUGAAAUUGAAAGAAUGAAUCUUGAACGAAAACCUUUGUGUUUUACUAAUCUUACGCUUUAUUAUUUAAAUUAUAGUAAAAUCACAAACCCUUGGUUGUGCUUUUUCCUUUCAUUUUUGUCUUCCCUUCCCUCAUUUCAAAGUAAUGGUAGACCUCACAAAUUGUAUUAUUUUCACAUCCGCCAUUAAGACGUUUUCGUCAAAUUAUGACUGCAGCGUUUUUGAAAUUACAAGGAGUAACCCAUCAUUUGCUUAUUGCCUUUAACUGUGCUUAAAUUCUAAUUUACUCUUAAUGGUGGAAAUGGAGGUUUUAUGGUUUAUGGAGCAUAGCUCUCUACUAAACCUAAAGCUUGUGAAUCCAGCCGAUAUUGAGGGAGGUCACAACAAAGAACUUGUUUCCAUGUUUUCCUUUAGAAAAACAUCCUGCCCUGUUUUCUGUCAGAGUGGAGACUUGCUAUUUAGUGACAGUUGUUAAGGUAUUAACAAUACACAUUACUUAAAAAAAAAAGAACCAAAAAGCCAAAAAAAGAAAAAGGAUGGGUAAGUGGAGACAGGAAAUAACUGUGCUUAACAUGCGUCAGUCGUGGUUAUUUUGGUCUCGGUCGCGCGCAACUCGUUAGCAUUAUGUAAUAAAUUGCUCAAUAGGACGGGAAGAUUAUAUACUCCUUUAAUGCGGAUGCAAAAUAAGCCAAGUUUUCCGAAUAUAAACAUAGAAACAUGUUAAUCGCUUCACUACCAAGAUCUCAUUAUCCAUCCUCUGCAUUCUGAGAAGCAUCUCUUACAAUCAAAGCCCAGAGAAUUUUGAGUGAAUUAAAAAUAUUUCCCUUAGAUUAUUUUCUUUUUACUUCUCGUCACAUUUGUAUUUGGGUUGAUAUUAGAAAAAGCAGUUUUUAUUUCUGUCACUCUUGUUCAAGGGUGGUGAUGCAGCGAUCCAAUUCAUUUACAUUUUAACCUUUGAGAUGGAAUUUACGAACGUGCUCAAGUUUUUGCUUUAAUUUCUUAGAUGUCUUACACUCUUCUUUUACGUUAAUAAAUUGCUCGUAUGGACUGUACGGUGUGCCCCUAUGGCGUCACUGCUCUUGUGGAUGGAAGACAGAGGUCAAAGUAGAGCGCGUGGAAUACUAUGCUAUCCUGAUAAACCUCAUCUAAAUUGA